UUUUCUUGUUUUCGCGAUUAGCAUGCGGCGUUGAAAUUUUGUGAAGCUCGCUGGAAAUUGUGACGAAAAUGAGCGCGCUUAGCAGUAAACUUCUCAUGAAACGGAUGCCCUGCUCGCUGGACGAACUGGCGCAGCUGAUCCGUGAGUGCAAGCUCAUUCUGCCGCGCUCACUGAACACCUACGGCCGGAAAAGGGUGCUCCUCGAGUAUGCCGACCCGGAGGAGGCGGCAAAAGCGCUGGAGCAGCUCCAAGAACUCAGCGAAUCGCUGGACAAGCCGCUGUGCAUCAGUGUCUUUGGACCGCGGCCCAGUUCCGGAGCCGCCAGUGCCAGCAGCAAAUCCACGCAGACGUCGGGAGCUGGAAAUGGAGGCGCUGUCUCUGGCUUUCCGGAUAUCGACAAGUACGUUCGUAGGCUUUACGCCUGCAAUAAUCAGUGCGACUUCACACAGCCGCCGCCGCCAUAUCUCAGCUAUAGCUAUCCACCCAUUAACGGGGAGAUCCUAGCCAGAAUCGGUCAGAGUCUGCAGACAAAUUCCCACUUCUAUAACCAAGUUUUGCACCUAAUGAAUCGCAUGAAUCUGGAGCCACCCUUUGAAAAGCGGCCCGAUGGACUGAUGGCUCAAAUGCAUCGUCAGCACGUGGGCACUCAAACCGAGCUGAUACCCAGCGAAUCGGAAAGCGAGUUGGAGAGCGACGAUGGGGAGCAAAAGUUGGCCAAAAGGCAGCGACUCCUUCUAGCUCCUGCGAGCGAAGAAGCCCGUGCCAAGACUCUCAAACGAGCACGCCAAAUGCUACAGCAAGCUGCCCAACUAGCUAGUCACACUAAGCCCAAACUGACUGUUCAAAAACCCUCUUUUGACGCACCCAAAAUCGAAAUGAAACUGCCCGAAACCUUAGUACCACCACCGAUACAUCCAGAAAGACGUGAAUCCAUAUCAAAGCCAGAAACUGGUGCAUCCACAUCAAAAGCAGUGAGGCGCCUGUCCACCAGUGCGCUCGAAGCUCUGCCGGUCUAUAAGAAUUACAAAACCGGCGAUCCAAGCAACAAAUUGUACAUUAAGAAUCUGGCAAAGAGCGUGGAUGAACAGCAGCUGAGGGAGCUGUAUGCCAAGUACACGGCAGCAAGUAAAUUGGACAUUAAGGUCAUGCACCAGGGUCGCAUGAAAGGGCAGGCUUUUGUGACCUUCCUCGAUGCUAACAAUCCGGAGAUUAUAGCCCAGGCGCUAAACGAAACCAAUGGACUUUUGUGGCACGACAAACCAAUGAUCGUCUGCUACGGCAAACAGCAAUAGGAGCAGUCAAGGGAUGUGGGGAGAAGGUUAGGAUCUCGUAGAUUUUCUGUUUUCAAAUCGGUUUCCCGAACAGUAGUAGUUUUAGAAGACGUCAAACUGGUUUGAUCUUAUACUCAGAUCAGCUGGAAAAGCUAUGAAAAACAUACCUAUUUUCUACAAAAUUAGCAACAAAAAAAAAAAAAAUCUUUUUUAAAAAAU